AUGGCGCCUUCCACCCUUAGACCUCCCGCAGCUGGUAGACCAGUUAUUCGCAGACUUUCAAGUAUGACUACCAACGCAAGAGAAGUUACUGCUGGGGGACCAGUCAUUGUUGUUCCUGAAAGAUCGAUAAGAGAACCUUUAUCUCGAGGAACUUCGUACCAAGGAGGAAACUUUGCGGCUUCAUUGGAGAAUGCCAGAAAGGAACUCGAUUCCCUCAAUCUUGAGGAGGAACAAUCUUCGUCAAGUUCCCCAGAUUGCCCCGCAUCUCCACUCACCCCAGCCGAUGUUCCUACCGCCGAUUCUUUUGCAUUUGCCUUCGAUAUCGAUGGUGUCCUCAUUCGUGGUGGUAGACCGAUUCCAGAAGCUCUCGAGGCUAUGAGAAUGUUGAAUGGAGAGAAUGAAUAUGGAAUGAGAGUCCCAUAUAUCUUCUUAACAAACGGUGGUGGAAAGACUGAAGCAGAACGUUGUAUAGACCUUUCAGGACAGCUUGACAUUGAAGUGUCACCUUCACAAUUCAUUUGUGGUCACACACCCAUGAGAGAAAUGGUCGAAAAAUACGAAACUGUUCUCGUCAUCGGAGGUGAAGGUGAAAAAUGCAGACAAGUCGCUGAAAUAUAUGGAUUUGCGGACGUGAUAACGCCCGGUGACAUCAUAAAAGACAACGAGCAUACCACCCCCUUCCGCACGCUUACCAAGGAAGAAAUGAAAAACUCUCGUGGUGGCCGUGAUUACAGUAAGAUCAAAAUCGAAGCUAUAUUUGUCUUUGCCGACAGCCGUGAUUGGGCCUCCGAUGUUCAAAUCAUGCUCGACCUCGCCAUGUCCAAGGGUGGAUACAUUGGUACUCUUUCUGAAACCUUUGAUGAGGGUCCACCUAUCUACUUCUCCCAUAAUGAUAUCGUCUGGUCUGCUGCUCACGAUAAUGUACGUCUCGGCAUGGGUGCUUUACGAAAAAUCACCGAAAUGCUCUUCAAAGAUCUCACCAAAGGCAAAGAACUCGAAACCAUUGCUUUCGGAAAGCCCCAAAUUGGAACCUUUGAAUUUGCAACCAGAUUAUUGCAACAGUGGCGCAAAGAUGAACAUUGCUGCAAUCGUCCCCCCGAGACUGUCUACUUCGUCGGCGAUACCCCCGAGUCUGACAUCAGGGGUACCAAUCAAUUUAACGAAAAAGCUAAGAAUGAAUGGUAUUCGAUCCUGGUACGAACUGGAGUCUACCAAGAAGGGACCGAACCGGCAUACAAACCCAAGGUCACCGUGGAUACCGUGUUGGAUGCGGUUAAACACGGAAUGAAGAGAGAAUUCAGCAAGAAAUUGAAGGAGAAUAUUCCAAAAGGGUUGGCACUCAAUAGCUUGGGUGGGUUGAGUCUGAAUGGGAAACCAAUGAUUGGAGGCAGACAGCCAAAGAUUUUUGAAUUGCCUAGCCAAGUUGUCAGUGAGUCAGUCACUCCUGAAGCUACCGAUUGA